AUGGAUGCCGAAAGAAGAUUUCAAGAAAUUGAAAUCGAGACAAAGAAAUUGAGCGAUGAGUCCAAGAAAUACUUUCAGGCCAUAACGGGAUUGCUCGAUGAUCAAAUUGAGUUUUCCAAAGCAAUUGAAGAGAUUUAUAAACCCAUUAGUGGGAAAUUAUCUGACCCCAAUGCAACCGUUCCCGAAGACAAUCCAGAUGGUAUUAUGGCUGCAGAGCAAUACCGGGAGUUGGUCAAAACAUUGAAGGAGACCUUGAAACCAGAUUUGGAAUUGAUCGAGAAAAGAAUUGUUGAACCAGCACAGGAGUUGUUGAAAGUUAUUGCCGCAAUUAGAAAAAUGGCCACCAAACGAGAUCACAAGCAGAUCGACCUUGAUAGGCACAAAAGAACAUACACCAAGUAUGAGCAAAAGAAAGAAAGGACAGCAAAGGACGAGGAAAAAAUGUAUAGCACACAAGCUGAAGUGGAAAUCGCUCAACAGGAAUUUGAUUAUUACAACGAGAUGAUGAAGAAUGAACUUCCUGUUUUGUUCCAAAAACAAAGUGAGUUUAUCAGUCCAUUGUUUGUCUCCUUCUACUAUAUGCAAUUGAAUAUAUUCUACCAAAUGUACAGCACUAUGGAAGAGAUGAAGAUUCCUUAUUUCAACUUGUCGGAUGAUAUACUCGAAGCAUACAACUUGAAAAAGGGUAACAUUGAAGAGCAAACCGAUGCAAUUGGCAUUACGCAUUUCAAAGUUGGCCACGCAAAGUCCAAAUUGGAGAUGGCGAAAAGGCACCAUGCAUCAGUUACCAGCCCUACUUUAUCUGCUACAAGCACUGGUACUGAACUUCCAGCGUACUCUGGUGGUGCUCCUGUAGGUUACAAUCCUGAUUAUAAAGGCGCAGAGCUUACAUCUCCAACUUCGACUGGACUGUAUGGAUAUCAACCGCAAGCAGGCUACCAGUCUCCACAAACAACAUAUGGCCAGCAGCUACCACCACCACAACAACAACAACCACAACCACAACAACAACAAACAGGUUAUGGCCAACCUGCAGCCGCAGGAGCAGCAGCUCCAGCUGCUUAUCAACAGCCCAAUGCCACGGGCUCCGCUCCACCUGCUUAUAUGAACACUCCUCCAGCAUCAUCUUCAGAAACAUGUAUUGCCAUGUAUGAUUAUACUGCACAAGCCCAAGGUGACUUGACUUUUCCUGCAGGUGCAACCAUCGAAAUCAUCAAUAAAGACGACCCCGGUUGGUGGAUGGGAAGGUACAAUGGAGUGCAAGGAGUUUUCCCUUCUAACUAUGUUAAACAAUGA